CCCCUUUGCACCUCAUUUUAGCGAUGAUCACAGAACCAGUAAUCUAGUUGCUUCUCAGCAAUCUGAAAUAGACAGUGACAAAAUGAAGAAAAUACCAUUGUUGUUGAUGGGCUGCGGUGGCGUUGGUUGCCAGCUCCUCCAUCACAUUGUUUCCUGUAGACCCCUUCACGCCAAAUUGGGAGUGCGUUUGCGGGUUGUGGGAGUGUGCGAUAGCAAGUCAUUAGUGGUUGCCGAUGAUGUUUUUACUGCGGAGUUGGAUGAUUCUUUAUUAUUGGAAAUUUGCCAGGCCAAGUCAAGCGGGCAUUCUUUGCAUACACUUGAUUCAGGUCCAUGCUCAACAUUUUCAAGUACAGAUGCAAUAAGAAAAGUCAUCUACAUUGGAGGUCUUCUUGGAAGAUCAACAGGUUUGGCAGUUGUUGAUUGCUCAGCAAGUCCUGAGACUGUUGGAAUUCUAAGUAAAGUAGCGGAUUUUGGAUGUUGUGUAGUGCUGGCUAAUAAAAAGCCACUCACUGCAUCCAUGGAAGAUUAUGACAAGUUGGUUUUACAACUUCGCCGUCUUCGAUAUGAAUCCACUGUUGGUGCUGGGCUCCCUAUCAUGGCGUCCUUGAGUCGUAUAAUUUCUUCUGGAGAUACUGUAUAUCGUAUUAUUGGGAGUCUAAGCGGUACAUUAGGAUAUGUGAUGAGUGAGGUCGAGGAUGGAAAACUGUUCAGUAAAGUGGUUAAUGUCGCUAAAAGCCUUGGCUACACUGAACCAGAUCCUCGAGAUGAUCUUGGUGGCAUGGAUGUGGCAAGAAAGGCUUUGAUCCUUGCCCGACUCCUUGGACAUCGUAUAAACUUAAACAGCAUGAAGAUUGAAAGCUUGUAUCCUGCACACAUGGGGCCUGGUGUGAUGCCAUUGGAAGAAUUUUUAAACAAUGGUCUUCCCCAGCUUGACAAGGGCAUCCAAGAAAGGAUUGAAAAGGCAUCUUCGAAUGGGAACGUUCUACGUUAUGUAUGCUUGAUUGAUGCCUCUUCUAGAUGUGAAGUUGGCAUCCAAGAAGUUCCAAAAGAUUCUGCAUUAGGGAGACUAAGAGGGAGUGAUAAUGUGUUGGAAAUAUACAGCAGAUGCUAUAAAGAACAACCACUGGUUAUCCAAGGUGCUGGAGCAGGCAAUGAUACUACAGCAGCAGGCGUCCUUGCUGAUAUCCUAGACCUUCAAGAUCUCUUUUCUUGAUCCGCUAAUACUUUGAGAUAUAUGUGGUUGUAUUUAUGAAGUUGAAAUGAUUGAUGUCUUCUUCUCCCUAUUUUCCCUUGAAGGGAACUAUGAACGGUAUUAUGUUGAAUGCUAGAAAUAUUAAGAUAUUGCAUUUUGUUUUGCUCUUCAAUACAGCUGCUUUGCAGUUCUCCAAAUAAAGAAAACUGCAAAUCCUUUAGGCC